UUCCAGACUCAUAUUAAACAUAAAUCUAGAAUCGGCUUCCUAUUUCGCAACAAAGCAUCCUUCACUCAUGCUGCCAAACAUACACUCUUAAAACUGACCAUCCUACCAUUCCUCAACUUCGGCGAUGUAAUUUACAAAAUAGCCUCCAACACGCUACUCAACAAAUUGGAUGUAGUCUAUCACAGUGUCAUCUGUUUUGUCACCAAAGCCCCAUAUACUACCCACCACUGCGACCUGUAUGCUCUCGUUGGCUGGCCCUCGCUUCAUAUUUGUCACCAAACCCACUGUCUCCAGGUCAUCUACAAGUCUCUGCUAGGUAAAGCCCCGCCUUAUCUCAGCUCACUGAUCACCAUAGCAGCACCCACCCGUAGCACACGCUCCAGCAUGUAUAUCUCACUGGUCACCCCCAAAGCCAAUUGUUCCUUUGGCCGUCUUUCCUUCCAGUUCUCUGCUGCCAAUGACUGGAACAAACUGCAAAAAUCACUAAAGCUGGAGACUCUUAUCUCCCUCACUAGCUUUAAGCACCAGCUGUCAGAGCAGCUCACAGAUUACUGCACCUGUACAUAGCCCAUCUGUAAAUAGCCCAUCCAACUACCUCAUCCCCAUACUGUAUUUAUUUAUUUAUCUUGCUCCUUUGCACCCCUGUAUCUCUCCUUGCACAUUCAUCUUCUGCACAUUCUACCAUUCCAGUGUUUAAUUGCUAUAUUGUAAUUACUUCGCCACCAUGGCCUAUUUAUUGCCUUACAUCCCUUAUCCUACCUCAUUUGCACAUGCUUUAUACAGACUGUUUCUACUGUAUUAUUGAUUGUAUGUUUGUUUAUUCCAUGUGUAACUCUGUGUUGUUGUAUGUGUCGAACUGCGUUGCUUUUUCUUGGCCAGGUCGCAGUUGCAAAUGAGAACUUGUUCUCAACUAGCCUCCUUCCUGGUUAAAUAAAGGUGAAAUAUAUAUAUUUUUUAAAUGCCUAACCCUAACCUUAAAGACCAAAAAUCUCAUUUUUUUAUUCAUACAUUUUAGACAUAUAGCCAAUUUCGACUUUGUGGCUGUGAUAACUAGUGACAACCCAAGGUUGUUUUUUAAUUUUAUUUAACUUUUAUUUAACCUUGAGACGUUAUCCUUGGGACUUCCCUACACUAACCCCUACCCUUACCCGUAACCCUUACCUAACCUUUGACCGUUUAAAAAAAAAAGUAUUUUAUUCAUAAUACAAAAAUCAACUUACAUUGCUACAUCAAACAUGUCUAUCUAACCUUUGACCGUUUGAAUCGUCAACUUCAAUGGGGUGACGUCAGAGUUAAGAAGUCCCAAGCAAGGAGCCCGUUUAGAAUUUUGGCUUGGGCAUCCUUACCCCACUUUCCCCUAGCUGGAAAAAAAUGAAUGAACUGCAUUGUUUUUUAAAAGAUUAGACUAGGCCUAGAGUAAAUAAAUGAACAAUUCUAGCUAAGGAAAACUGCAUGUAAUUCAAAAACAUGACAAUGCAUUCAACAUACACAUUACAUACCAUACAAACAAAGACCCGUAUUACAAUUGCCAAUUUGAUGUGGUAACGUUGCAUUGAGUCAGGUGACUGCCGUCAGCUGAUUGCCUCCAGACAGAAUAUGACCGACCUGUCAGAAACUCAAUGAGGAUCGGCUGAGUUUAGCAUAAUCGAGUCUCUCUACGACUUUUGGGGCUUAUAUUUCACUAACGUGGACAACAGUUUGCCAACAGUUACUAAGAUGAGCGGGUUGCCGGUUGGCAUGGCGAAUGUCCCCAGCAAGAGCAAUCACACCGGGAAGGAUGGCCAGGUGUGGGAGAGACUCUGGACCUUGGAAGAGAUGCGACAGACCAGCGCCAACUGGUCCCUGGCUGCAGACUCAGGACUCUUCCUGUUCCUGCAAGACUUCUCCCAGAGGAUGCUGUCAAAGACUCAUGCGAUAGAGAAGCAGCUGGAUGGACUGAUCAGAGACACCAAGGCCACAGACUGCUGCAUGCACACCGUCUUCAACGACUUCCUCAUGCUCUCCAACACACAAUUCAUUGAAAACAGAGUGUAUGAUGAGGAGGUGGAGGAGGCGGUGCCAAAGCCUGAUGCUUUGGAGAGACCGCCUGAGCAGAAGACUCAUGAGCAGAAGGAAGCCCAGCUGAUUCCUAAGGUCCAGGAAGCAGUGAACUACGGUCUGAUGGUGCUGGACUCUGCCUUUGAGCAGCUAGACAGCAAGGCAGUAAACUCUGACUCAGAGGACGAGGAGGCCACAGACAGAGUGGAGCCCAUACUGGAGCCCAAGGACCUGUAUGUGGACAGGCCUUUACCAUAUCUGAUUGGCUCUCAGCUCUUUAUGGGGCAAGAAGACGUUGGACUGGGCGACCUCUCCAGUGAAGAAAUGUCAGUCGACAGCGAUCGCGACACCGUCAUUGUGAGCGAAGAUGGCAAAGAUGCUAACCAGUCAGACGAUGACUUUGACCAGGAUGAGGGGCCAGCGACCAUUAAGAAGAAGAAGUCGUCUAUGUUGAGUGAUGAUGAGGAUGAGGAGGGAGAUUCAGACCUAUUUGGCGAAUCGGACGAAGAUGAUGAUGAUGACAGAAAGUCUUUAUGUCACAUUCAGAACCCAAGACCAUCAUCCUUUGCUGAUGAGCUGGCCGCCAGAAUCAAAGGGGAACCUAUCAGCAAGCCUGAGGGAGAUCGCACAUCUAUUGAAGAUGACAGCGAGGAGUUAUUCGGGCCGCCCAAGAUGGAGGACGAGGACUUUUCUCCCUUUGGAGGAAAAGGAAGCCUCUUCAGUGGAGGGAGAGGACUGUUUGAUGAUGAAGGGGAUCUGUUCUCUGAUCCACCUAAACAGCCUGUAGCAGAGGAGAAGACCACAGAGAACAGCCUGUUUGGCACUCCUAAUGACUCUGAUUCAGUGGAGGGUAGAGAGAACGGCAGUCCAGCCAAACCCAGCAAGACCCAGACAUCAGCCCCUAGAAAGACCGCUUUAGGGGGGAUGUUCGACGAUGAGGAGGAUGACUUCUUCACCGGCAAAAGCCUUAAUAGAUCCAGAUCAGCUGGACAGGAGGAACCCAAGCAGAAGAAGACAGUGGAUCUGUUUGGAGGAGGUGAUGAGGAUGGUGACAUCUUCGGUGACAGCUCUGGUGUUCUGCCCCCUCUACAGAGCAGGAGGGAGGUGGUGGAGGAGGAGGAAGUACAGGUGAAACAGGCUCCUCAGGAAAAGAUGCCAGCAGGAGGUGUCUCCAUGUUUGGUCCUGGUACCAAGAGCCUGCUGACUGAGACACUAAAGAAACGACGGCCCUCCACCAGUGAAGAGUCAGAGGAGAUAUGUCCAACCAUCCCUAAGAGUCAGUCCAAGCCUGAACUGACACUUCAGAGCAAAGCUCCUCUGUCCAUAUUUGUUGAAGAGGAGGAUGAGGAUCUGUUUGUGUCUGCGAAGAAGUCUAAGUCAAGCCAAACUGAAGAUGUCACACCACAAGUCAAGAAUCCUGUCUCUAGCGCCCUCUUCAGUGAUGACGAGGACUAUUGGAUGAGCUCCAAGCAUAGUGCAGGAAAGACUGGAGGGAUGAAGUCCAGUGAAAGCGCACCCUAUAGUCUACCCAGUGUCAAAGCAGAUCCUUUCGACAGCCUGUUCGAUGAGGAUGAUCUCUUUGCUGCUACCAAUGAGUUGAGUCAGAAGAAGCCGCAGAGAGUGUCUCUCCAGUUUGAAGAUGAGACUGAGGAUGGUGAAGAUAAGGGAUCUCUCUUUGACUUCAAACCAGCCAUCAACAACAGCUCUACUCUAGCUGACCCUAAAGCUGCUCCUGUGGCCUCCCCAGCCCCCUCGCUGGUCCACACAGACAAUCCUGAGGAGGUGACGGCACCUCCUCCACCAGUGGAGAAGAGGCGUGCAGAGGAGAGGACAGCGAAGGGUCCUGAUGUACAGCCCCUGUCCUCUCUACUAGAGGGCAGUGAGAGUAAGAAGAAGCCAGUAGGGGCUGUCAGUCUGUUUGGAGGGAUCAACGUGCUGGGAGACGGACUGGGAGCAGCCAAGCCUACAGAGGAGCGUCCUCAUACCAAGAGCAGUACCGGGGUGUUCCAGGAUGAGGAACUGCUCUUCAGUCACACUCAGCAGAAAGACAACCACCCCGACGUUGACAUCUUCGCCACGCCUGACAAGUCUGUGACCAACCUGGUGAUCAACCCUGCUGCCCUCCUGCCUAGAGUGUCCCCUUGGAUCCUAGGGGGGGUCAGUGGACUACAAGGCCUGAGCCCCAGUUCCUCAGGCCUCAGUCCCAGUACAGCAUGGACCCAGUCCCCCAGCGACGGAGGGCUUAGCUUCGACCACCCUGUCCAGGUGUCUGUGCUACAGUGUGCCAACAAGGGUCGAGCUAAAGGCUCCAUCUGCCGCAGGCCCCAGACCAGGGCAGCACGGCAGAUGUCAGCUCAGAGCUCUGUGGACCAGAAUAACCAGGGAGAGGACCUGGCCGGACACAGCCCAAUCCUACCUCAUCCAACCCAGCCUAGUUUGGCACUACUUAACCCAAUCCAGCCUAGCCUGGCACUACCUAACCUAACCCUGCCCAGGCCUAGUCUACCCAACCAAGCCCUAACCACUGCCUUACCCUCCUUCUUACCUGCCUCUUUACCCUCCCAACCCCUGCUCACUGAUGUCUCUGUCAGACUGUCAGUUCUAACACUACCAGUGUCCAACACCCCUCUAAAGAGAGACUUUUCUAAGGGUAGCAAGGUGAAGGUGCUGCCCUCUCCCGACGAGGCUGACCUGUUUGGGUCUGUCCCUGCCCUGGCCCCAGUCCCCAAACUCACCGCAAAGACUACGGAGGGUGAGUUGACACCGAAGAAGGAGAAAGAAGCGACCCCUCCGUCCCUCUUUGACGACCCCAUGGGUGACCUGUUCCAGAACGUCAAGCCGAGGUCUGCGAUGAAGGCCUCUUCCUUCCUGGAGGAUGAGGACGAUGAAGAGUAUAUCUUUGUGCUGGGAAAGAGCUCUACUCCCACUACUAAAAUGACUGCCGGGGGGAAAGUCACUAAGGCAGGGAGCAACUCUACUCCCAAACAGGACCUCUUCCAGGAUGAAGCGGCGACGACCCCCAAACCUCACAAAGACAAAUCCCUGGAUGCCAGCCUGUUUGACGACAACGUUGACAUCUUUGCUGAUUUGACGGCCACUUCAAAACCAAAAGAGAAGAAGUGCAAGAAGGCGGAGACUAAAUCCAUAUUUCGUGAUGAUAUGGAUGACGUCUUCUCUCCCAGCACUGUGAAGCCAAUGGCCAAGCAGCCUCCAUCCAAGUCCAGGAAAAGCCCUCCCUCCCGGGACACCAGUGCAUCGGACGGCUUGGGCAACAUCUUCGACCACCCUCACGAUGCUCUGGGUGGGAACUGAACCGUGGACUGUUCCUGAUGAACUAAAACUUUGUUUGUGUCCCAAAUGGCACCGUAUUCCGUAGAUGGUUCAUUACUUUUGACCAGGGCUCAUAGGGUGUGCACUAUGUGGGGAAUAGGGUGCCAUUUGGGAUGCAGUCCCUAACUGUACAAUUGUGCAGAAAACGUUGUUUUGGAGGACUGAAAAAGGGGUUGGAGAUAUUAACACUGUUCUUAUAGAGACUAUUUCUAUAAAAACAAUCCAUCGAUCGGCAUAACCUCAGAUGGAAAAAGGGGAUGAUUCUGAUACUCAUCUCUGAUUGAUAACAAGUAACUAUUUGUCUUUAUUUAAUAUCCAUGGUAGCAGGACUUAGCCAUCAUUAGGACAGCUGCUAAUAAAGAAAUAGUAAAUUAUUUAUACAUGUAGUUGAGUUCUGGGUAUGUGGUUUAGCAUUGCCAUUCUGAGAUUACAUGUCACCAUCGGGCUGUCAUAUCACCGUUAUGAAAUCAUUGUUUUUGUCUUUCAAUUAAUAUGAAAUUGUUACAUUUGUUAACUUUGCCUGUGAUAAAUUACAAUAGAUUUUUUUUUUAAGAAUUAAAAUAAUAUUUUGCUAAAUUUAAAA